GUUUAAUGUUAUCUGAGUACAUUACAGUGCGGUUCUUUUGCAAUACUAUCUUUACUAAAGCAAACUACUGGGAAAUUAAAGAGCUGAUUAAAGGAAUAUAUAAAUGAUUAGAGCAACCAUAGCAGUAAAGGGUUACGCAAUAUCCAGUGGAUACACGGUCUGACGUUGAUAAGGACUGUAUUUAACAGAACGUCCAGUUUUUUUUAGGCUUAAGGAGCCGCUGAUGGAUGCAGAAAAGAUGCCAAUAGACAGUCACUCUAGGGCUGAAAAUGGUUUGCACCAGUGUGACACUUGCAAGAAAAUGUUUACAGAAAAAGGAAAUUUACAGAGACACAAUCGGAUUAUUCAUUUAGGAGAACGAGCUUACGAGUGUAACGUAUGUAAGAAAACAUUCACACAGAAUGAGCAUUUAAAGACUCAUAUGCGUACACAUACUGGAGAACGUCCAUACGUGUGUAAAAUAUGCAAGGUUACUUUCGCAACAACAGCAAAUUUAUGGAAACACAAAACAGUUCAUUCUGAAGACCGACCAUUUCAAUGUUCUCUAUGUCAGAAAACUUUCAAAACGUUAAACUACCUAAAACAACACGAGAAGCUCCAUUCUGAAGAACGAGCAUUUUGUUGCAUUACAUGUGACAAGGCUUUCAAAACUGCAGCCAAUUUGAAGAUUCACCAACUCAUCCAUACCGGAGAGCGCCCCUACAAGUGCAAGCAAUGUGAGAUGUGUUUUGGGCAUGCAAUACUUUUGAAAAAUCACAAACGUAUUCAUACGGGGGAACGUCCGUUUGAAUGUGAAGUGUGUAACAAAAAAUUCUCACAGAAAGGGAAUCUAUGGAGUCAUAAACGACUUCACACGUUAGAAGAACCUUACAAGUGUGAAGAAUGUGGGAAAACAUUUCGGCAUUCUGCAAGUUUAAAGUAUCAUACGCUAACACACACUGGGGAACGCGCAUAUCAUUGUGAAAUAUGUAAUAAGCAUUUUAAAUCGGCAAGCACUCUGCAGAAACACAAACGAGUUCACACUGGUGAAUGUCCUUAUAAAUGUGAAAUUUGUAAUUAUGCGUUUAAGGAUAAAGGUCAAUUAAAUAGACACAUGCGUGUCCAUACUAAGGAACGGCCAUACAGGUGUGAAGUGUGUAAGAAAACAUUUGCAUGUGCUGAAACUUUGAAGUCACACAAAUAUGUUCACUCUGACGAACGUCCUUACAAAUGCGGUGAAUGCAAAGCCACUUUCAAACAUAUGAAGUAUUUAAAGAAACAUGCGCUUAUUCACACUGACGAACGGCCAUAUAAGUGUGAUAUUUGUCAGGAAUCUUUCAAGCAGUCCGGUAAUUUAACGAGACACAAACUUAUCCACACUACAGCACGACCUUACAAGUGUGACAUAUGUAGUGCAACUUACCGCCAUCCUGGUGGUCUGAAUUACCACAAACUGCUCCAUACUGGUGACAGACCUUACACAUGCGAAGAAUGUGGGGAAACGUUUGUUAGUGCUGGGAACCUAAAAAAGCACUCGAUCGUACAUAAGAAGGAACGUCCUCAUGUGUGUGACGUAUGUAACGCAAAGUUCAGCCAAUCAACAAGUCUCAAAAACCAUAAGCGUAUUCAUACGGGUGAACGUCCAUAUGUCUGUAAAAUUUGUAAAGCUGAUUUUAAUCAUGCAGAAAGUUUGAAGAAUCACAGAACUGUUCACUGUAAAGAUCUGCCAUGAAGGCAGAUUCUAUGGUACUAAUUUAGGCCAGUUUAAUGGUUCAUACCGUAUAGUUUGCUUACAAGUCGUAUACGGUAUCAUUACGAGUCAUAUUUCAAGUUCAAGAGCGGGGAACAUCUUUUAAACGUGUACAAGGAAAUAAAAGAAAAAACAACGAUUUCGGCGUGCGUCUUAUAAGCGAGUGCGUGUAAUAUGCGAAAAUAUACUAUUAUAAAUAAAUCUUACCUAGAGGAGCACCUGGAACCGUCGUCCAUCAUCAGAGAAAGUAACCGUGGCAGAUUACAUAAUUUAUGUGGUUGUAAAGUUGACGAAAAAAGAAAAGGCGGAGGAAAUUAAACAAGCAUCCAAAUCUCUCUCUUAUGUUUGUGGAAUACAAUUAACAGACGAUUUGAGGAAACCAACACCUCAAGUCCGUCCUCAAUUCUGGAUCGGACAAUUUCUCUAAACGUACUCAAACUAAGUUCAUAAAACUUGUUAUGUUAAAAGGAGGCAAUAUGCAUGUACACAAGUACAAGUAAAAAUUGUUUCUGCUCCCCGACUUUUAUAUGGCAUUGCAUUGAUUAGUGGUACACACAAACGUUCCCCAUGAUGCAACAAUAUAUAAACUCAUGACCUAUGCUUGAUCGGUUUAAGGUCAAAAUCAUUCAGGUCAAGUAAAAAUGUGUUCGGACUGUCCCAUAAGUUUUAACUGCAUUGAAGGAUUUUUAUGAUUAAAAGAUGUGCCGCGCACAUGACAAAAGGUCAAUUAGUGUUGAAGGUCAAUUUAAAUUGCUUUUAUGUAUAUGCAGUUUUAUACCGAUCUGGGACUUCUGUAUUGCCACUGCAAUCUGUAAUAGUGUGUAACUUGUUUAUUAGCACAGAAGGCCGGUGGUUCCACUGGUGAGUGCUAGUACCUGAAACUAUGUUCAGAUGCGCUUUUGGGGUCUUCUUCCGACAUGAAAAGCCGGGUGUGCCUUUUUUUUUACAUGAACACGCACACACACACACACACACACACACACACACACACACAAAAUCUUACGAUGGGCUGAAAUUGCUUUAUACCUGUAGUGUUGGUUUUGAAAAUAUGUUAUAGCGUAGUGGUUUGAAAAAAUAAAGUGUUCUGUUGGG